AUGGAUCCCACUUUGCCUCUAACGGCAGACGAGAAGCGCUUCAUCCUGGCCGAGGCGAUCAAGGUCAGUCCGGUCGACGUGGAGGCGCUGGCAGCCUUUGUCCGCGCGAACAACAUCCCAGCGGACUUGAUGCACAUGCAUCUGCCUCAAGGUCGCAACAUGAAGCAGUGCCUACAGCUUCUGAACCAGCUCGGCAUUCCCUCCUCAAUGAGUUAUUCGCCUCCGCUGGCAUUCAACAACCCGAGAGGUACAAACCAGUCAUCUCCACCACGGUUCCUCACCUCGAAGACGCUCAGCCCUCCCAAAAGGCCGUCCCUGGCCUAUAUCGCGCCUCGACCAUCGAACGGGGCACCAGAAGGGCCAAGCUUUGACCAGAGAGAUACGAGCCUCCGCGAGACUCGGAAAACUCCCAAGAAGAGAGGCCGUCCAUCAAAGGCGGACAUGGCAAAGCGUGACCUCAAGCCUAUGCUGCCACAGCUCAUUGCGCCGCGGCCCGCUCCUCAGGUUGCUCAACCUCCCCAGCCAGUGUUCGCCUCAAGCGGGAGAGCCCAACAGACGGGCCGAUCCAUCUCCCCUGCUGCGACAUCUUAUUCCACGCAUUCGACGCCCUCGGAUGACUCGAGACGCGCCAAGAGGAGGCGCCGAACCGGCAAUUCCGCAUCCUAG